UUUUCCAUAUUUUCUUUCUUUCACGUAUUUAAAGAUUUUCAUGUUCUUCUGUACUCGAUCAUCAAAGCGAUCCGUCUCUUCCGGAGCUCUAUGUCAGCCGCAUUGCACCUCCCUAUCCGUAUUUCCCACUCAUAGUUCUAGGCGUCAAGAUUGCGCGGAAUUGAUACGUUUUCGGUGCUUCCCGUACUGGAUCUGGAGGUCAACACGCUUUGCGUAUUUUUGAUCAAAUUAUUACUCAUAAAAGGGGUCUGCAAGUCUAACGUUCUUUCCCUGGGAUUAAAACUUUGUCCGGAUGAGUUGAAUUGUGGUUCGUUUCCAGGGCAUCUGCUGAGGCGCAAGGCUCAAGAUGGGGAUCUUUGAUGGUUUGCCCGUGUCUUCCGACAAAGCAUAUCUUAGGGAAGAACUUACAAGAAUAGAUGAGAGUUGGGCCGCAGGGCGCUUUGAUUCAUUACCUCAUGUUGUCCAUAUUUUGACAUCAAAAGAUCGUGAAGGCGAAGUUGAAUCUUUGAAGGAGCAAAGUGAUGUUGUUGAGGAGUUUGUGAAUGAAGUGGUGCAUGCUUAUCAUAGUGGCUUCAACAAAGCAAUUCAAAAUUAUUCCCAGAUCUUGAGGUUGUUUGGCGAAUCCACUGAAAGUACAGCUGUCUUAAAGGUUGAUUUGGCUGAGGCAAAGAAGCGUCUUAGCACCCGCAAUAAGCAAUUGCAUCAAUUGUGGUAUCGAUCGGUAACAUUGCGUCACAUAAUUUCCCUCUUAGAUCAAAUUGAGGGCAUAGCCAAGGUUCCGGCUCGUAUUGAAAAGCUAAUUGCUGACAAGCAGUUUUAUGCUGCAGUUCAGUUGCAUGUUCAAUCAACAUUGAUGCUUGAGCGAGAGGGGCUUCAAACUGUUGGUGCUCUUCAAGAUGUCCGGUCAGAGUUGACAAAGUUGCGAGGAGUUCUUUUUUACAAGGUUUUGGAGGAUUUGCAUGUACACCUGUACAACAAAGGUGAAUACAGCUCAGCUUCCUCAAGCAUAUAUGAAAGAGAUGACGAAGUACCAACUACCACGGCUGUUGUGUUAUCUGUGGAUAAUUCACAAUCUCUAUCUCGAAGAACCAGGCUACUGAAAGGUGACAACCAGUUUGGUUUCCAAACAGAUGGAUCAUAUAAGCCGAGUUCUGUUGAUGGAGGUUCCUCUUUUGAUGACCAUGACGAGGAGGGUGCUCUGGAAGAUGCUGCCUCAGAUGGGCAUAUGUCGUCAGUUGGGAUCAAUGGUGGAAAUGGUAAUCUAAAGGAUGCCAAAACUCUUCCUCGCCAGACACCAAUAUGGCUUUUGAAUUCCACUCCAGAUGAAUUUCUUGAGACAAUAGAGAAGAGUGAUGCUCCGCUUCAUGUGAGGUAUUUGCAAACCAUGGUUGAGUGCCUCUGCAUGCUUGGCAAAGUUGCAGCUGCUGGUGCUAUAAUAUGCCAAAGAUUGCGACCGGCAAUUCAUGAGAUAAUCACAUCCAAGAUUAAAGCUCAUGCAGAACUUGUUAAUUCUUCAAGGUCUGGCAUCGGUCAGGGUGAGCAAAAUGCUACUCCAGGUCUUCAUUUUAUGAAAGAAAAGCUAGAAAGCUUCCAGUUCCCCAAACAAAAGCAUCAGAAUGGGAUAUCUCUGGCUGGGACUCUUUCGGCGGUUAGUCCUGUCUCACCUGUGAUGGCUCCCACAGGAAGAGCACAGGCUGCCACAAGGGAGCUUCUGGAUUCAAUUUUGGACACAGUUGUUCGAAUAUUUGAGAAUCAUGUCGUCAUUGGAGAGAUUUUGGAAUCAAAAUCCACUCAUCAAAUUGAAGUGAACACACCAAGAUCAAGGCCAACAGAUUGGAACCCUGAUUCUGAAGCAUCUCAAGUCACUGGGGGCUACAGCAUUGGCUUCUCCUUGACUGUUUUGCAGAGUGAGUGUCAACAAUUCAUUUGUGAGAUUCUGCGGGCAACGCCCAAAGCUACGUCGGCAGAUGCUGCUGUACAAACAGCUAGACUUGCAAGCAAGGCCCCUUCCAAAGAAAAGAGGGACCGGUCAGAGGAUAGUCUUACCUUUGCUUUUCGUUUUACAGAAACAACAAUAUCUAUUCAUAACCAGGGAGGGAGUAGGAGGGGUCCCAAUGUAUUGCAAGAAGGUUAUGGAUCUGCAACAGUCUUACCUGAGCAAGGCAUAUAUCUAGCUGCAUCUAUAUAUCGACCUGUGCUUCAGUUUACAGAUAAGGUUGCUUCAAUGCUGCCGAAAAAGUAUGCCCAGCUUGGGAAUGAUGGAUUGCUUUCAUUUGUGGAAAACUUCGUGAAGGACCACUUUUUACCAACCAUGUUUGUAGACUACCGGAAAAGCGUACAGCAAGCUAUAUCAAGUCCGGCUGCAUUUCGGCCAAAGGCGCAUGCUGCUUCCGCUUAUACUCCAUUGGUCGAGAAGGGUAGACCAGUCUUACAAGGGCUUUUGGCUAUUGAUUUCUUAGCUAAAGAGGUGCUUGGUUGGGCUCAAGCAAUGCCUAAAUUUGCUGGUGAUCUUGUGAAGUAUGUGCAGACUUUCCUUGAGCGUACAUAUGAGAGAUGUCGUACAUCAUACAUGGAGGCGGUGCUUGAGAAGCAGAGUUAUAUGCUCAUUGGGAGGUAUGAUAUUGAGAAAUUGAUGCGACUUGAUCCGGCAAGUUCUUGUUUACCAAAUUCACUUGGUCAGUCAAACAUGGAUAGCAACGCCCCUGAUGCUGAAAGUGUAGAGGUUGAACUGGAACUGAGCAAUUUAUUGUUGGCUUUGAGGCCAAUUAAGCAGGAGAAUCUAAUCCGUGAUGAUAACAAACUCAUUUUGCUAGCAUCCCUUAGUGAUUCAUUGGAGUAUGUUGCAGACUUAAUUGAGAGGCUUGGACAAAUAAACUCAAGAGCAUCAAUUCAAAUAGAGGAGACUCCCAAGGACCAUCAUACUCGAACAAGCAGUGCACCUACUAGAGAUCUGGCAUCAUUUUCUGAUGAGUACAGAAAAUUAGCAAUAGAUUGCCUUAAGGUUUUACGUGUAGAGAUGCAGUUGGAGACAAUUUUCCAUAUGCAGGAAAUGGCAACUAGGGAAUAUUUGGAGGACUUAGAUGCUGAAGAGCCAGAUGACUUCAUUAUUUCACUCACUGCUCAGAUAAUGCGAAGGGAUGAGGCAAUGGGACCUUUUGUUGCAUGUCCAAAGCGAAAUUACAUAUUUGGUGGAAUUUGUAGCAUUGCUGCGAAUGCAUCUAUCAAGGCUUUGGCUGAUAUGAGAUCCGUUAACCUUUUUGGGGUUCAGCAGAUAUGCCGGAAUUCGAUAGCAUUAGAACAGGCGCUGGCAGCUAUCCCAUCGAUUAACAGUGAAGCUGUGCAACAGAGAUUGGAUCGUGUUCGUACUUACUACGAACUUCUAAGCAUGCCAUUUGAGGCCUUGCUAGCCUUCAUUGUGGAGCAUGAGCACGUUUUUACAACUGCAGAGUACGCUAAUCUUCUAAAGGUCCAGGUCCCAGGAAGAGCGAUUCCUGCUGAUGCUCAAGAUCGCGUAUCAGAGAUUUUCUCUCAUUAGCUUUUUACCAGUUCUGGAAGUAGAUCCAACUGUCAACGUGUCAAAGUUCUUGGGUUCUUCGUCCUAGAAUGGCAUUUUUCCGGCAUGCAGGUUAGAUUGUUAUUUCUUCAAGGCAGGCCUGACGCUGCAAACGGAUGUAGAUGCCACUUCCAUAGAAUUCACCACUUCCUUAAACCAGGAUGCAAGUCUGGUGAGAGAUACUACUACUUUUUUUCUUUUUUCAUUUUUGGGCAAUUUGUUCGUGUUUAGUAUCAAUUUUGGGUGUUUUAUGUUUUCCUUGGGGCUUUAUGUAGCUUCAAUUUUGCAAUCCUGAAAACACAUAAAAUCCAAUGUAUGUUUCCAAUGCCGAUUAUAAAUCAUUUGAAAUAAUUUUCAGAUUUUCCAGAUCCA